CGUAGUUGUGGUUGGUCUAGUCGGAGGUGUACUCUAGGCGGUCUCGUCAGGGAAAGUUCAAACGUUCAAGCUCUUGCUGUUCACGUUGAAUUCAGCUUUUUCGUGGCUUUGCCACGGUUACGCUGCACAAAAAGGCAUGAGUGGCUCCGGAUCAUCGAGCGAUCAGAUCAAUGAUGUGGGGCUUUUGUCUAUUCACGACUACAUAAAGACCUUGGAAGAGUUGAUACUACGCCACAAGAUCGAUCAUGAAGCGAGAACAUCGGCCUCGACAGGCACAGCCGAAAGGCAACACAUGCUGCUUGAAGAGCAUGUUGCCAACAUCAGCAACUUCACCACAGAAUUGUCACUGCUGCAAAGCUUACAACUAGCUGAUGAACAGGUGAAUCUGUUGCUAAAGACAGACAGCGAACUCAUGGCCCUCUGUGCUGAAAACCAACGAAGAUGCAAAGAGGUCAUAAAGAAACAGCAGGAGCUCGACAAGGCCAAUGCAACAAUAAGGAAGUUGAAGAGUGCUUACCACAGUUGUAUUGAUGAAAAGUUUUCAUCAAAGAAAAUGCUGGAUCAAGGAGGCAAGCAUUCAGUGGAAGAGGAAAGAAAACUACAAGAAGAGCAACAUAAGCUGAAAGUUAUCAACAACAUCUUGGUGCAGGUGGUAACUUCGUCUGGAUUUAACUGGGCAGAAAACGAACACCUCACUAAGCUACUUGACGAAAUUUCACAGUUCGUGUAGACACUUCUACGUCGUCAGAGUGUACAGCGCUUUUACUGAGCUAAGACAAAUGGGCAGAUGUUCAUGCUUUGUCAGAUUUUAAAAUUUUAUUAUUGUCAUGAAUAAAAUCUUACUGAAAUUGCUCAGAGCUUUCCUGUGCUCACAGUUUCAAUUACUAAAAACAGAUGUUUUUGGUAUUUACAAGAAAUAUUUUCAUGUGAAAGCUUUCUUUUUAUUGCCCUUCUCAUCUAAAUGAUGUGAAGUGCAGAAUGCUUUUACUAGGGAAAUGCUAAAGCAAUCUGUGUGAAUUUUAUUUCACUUAAACAUGUAAAUUUCUAGAGACUGCUGAGAGCAGAUCUACGAUUUAUGUGCAAGACAUAUUUAGAAAAAUUAAUUUCUUUAUUUUUUGAUUUGACUGCUUAAAGAUUACAGAACCAGAUAUCACAAGUGGUAUGUUAACUACGUUACAUAGAAAGUAAAAAGCAGCAAAUGUGACAGUUAACAUGGAACUUAACAAGACACCAUUAUUUGGUGAAGAAAUUUUUCAAAGCUCAUGCAGGGUGAUUCAUGAGAGCUCAAACAUGCAUGUUCGUUUGAUAUACUUAUUUUGGGCAGUCAGCACGUCGUGGCUCCGUGCUCCUCU